AGGCAUAAACUGUCAACAAGCACCACCAUUACUGAACCUGCUACUAUAGAGACUUCAAUCGCAAAAGAACAAACCACGAAACGGGUAAAAAACGUAAAGUAAACUUUGCUGGACAUUGGCAAAAAGCGAAAGAAAAGGGAAACUAGUGACCUGGCACAGCAAGGGCAGCAGAUCCAGCACACGCCGCAAGGUAUUCGGUGACAUCAGAAACAGGUCAACAAAAGCAGCCCUUUCCAGCAGACUGUGUGUGUACUUGUCAGCAGAAACCUCGGUGCAUAUUUUCUCUGCUGCUGGUGCACCCUUAUGAGUGAUUUGUCUGUGUGUUUUCCUACUGCCAUCCACACCCGUUUGGUGCAGGAAUCGUAGUUGAACCAGAUUCGACCGUGGUUCCAUCGGUCAUCACCGACGUAGAUUGUCGCUUAAACACCAGUACCACCCGUCGUCGUCGUCCACAGUCAUUCCGUCCUUCCGAUUCGAGAUACGUACCGCGGCCAGGUGAAUCAGGUGUCGUGCCUGUCAAAGUCCGCAUUAUCGGUGGUAUCAUUCGAAAAUUCGUCCAGUUUCUACUGCAAAGAACUACACCGUUUCUAGUAAAACGCUCAACCGUUUAUAGUCAGCUUACUAAUGUUAGCAGUGAAUGUUUCAGCGCGUGAAUAAGUAACAAUAUAUUACGGAUCCCAGGGUGAAAGGGGCUGCAGGUUAAACAUUAACUAUUCACCACCUGAUUCGGACGCACCGCUACCACCAAGUUCUCGCUAAUGUCAGACGAUCAGAGUUCACUAUCUUCACCAGCAACAACUCCAUCAUCAGCACGUCCCUUCAUGCCACUUCCACUGGAAUUGAACGGAGAGCGAAAGAAACCGUCCAAGAAGCUCAGCUUUCAAGGAUGUCAGGGUGGACAGGCUCCGAUGAUACCGGAUCCGACCCGGGAACGCAUACGCAUGCAGGCGGCGGCAGGCAAACUACAGAUCGCACCCAACCAAAUGUACGAUUUCACCUCAGACGAUCUAAUCGACGAGGGUGAAAUAGGCCGCGGUGCGUUCGGUGCAGUCAACCGGAUGAAGUUCACGCACACCGGCACGGUGAUGGCGGUAAAGCGCAUCCGUUCGACGGUAGACGAAAAAGAACAGAAGCAACUGCUGAUGGAUCUGGAGGUGGUGAUGAAGUCCAACGAUUGUAAUACCAUUGUCACGUUCUACGGUGCACUGUUCAAGGAGGGUGACUGUUGGAUCUGCAUGGAGCUGAUGGACACGUCGCUCGAUAAGUUCUACAAGUUUAUCUGCGAAUGUCAGCAAAGCCGGAUCCCGGAACCAAUACUGGCACAGAUCACAUUCGCAACCGUACGUGCACUGAACUAUCUGAAGGAAGAGCUGAAAAUCAUCCACCGGGAUGUAAAACCGAGCAAUAUACUGCUGAAGCGAAAUGGUGACAUAAAGCUUUGUGAUUUCGGCAUCUCUGGACAGCUGGUGGAUUCGAUCGCACGCACGAAGGAUGCAGGAUGCCGACCGUACAUGGCGCCGGAACGUAUCGAUCCCCAACGAGCCAAGGGCUACGAUGUACGCAGUGACGUGUGGUCGCUUGGAAUAACUCUAAUGGAGGUGGCGACUGGUAAAUUCCCUUAUCCAAAGUGGGGCUCUGUGUUUGAGCAGCUUUCACAGGUCGUCGAAGGUGAUCCCCCACGACUAUGUACCACCUAUAAUGGGAUGGAAUUUUCUAUAGAUUUUGUAAAUUUUGUAAAUACUUGCUUAAUCAAAGACGAACGUGAUCGUCCUAAGUACGGAAAGUUGUUGCAACACGCGUUCAUUCAGCUGGCGGAAAAAAGCGACACAGACGUUGCAGCUUACGUGAGCGAAGUGUUGGAAUCGAUGGCAAACAAUGGUAUCACCCAAUUUACCACCAACUUACCGGCGGAAGGUUGGAACGAAAGUUUCAACUAGGAAGCGAGUUCGCGUGAUCAGAUUCCGUAGUUUAGAGGGGCAACGUUUACCAUUUACCCUUCAGUUUUAACACCCCUGUUUUUACUGGUUAAAAUGUUUUCUACAAACCUAAUUGAAUAUUAUAAUUUCGCGAUCCAUUUGAUGUCCGACUUUUAGUACCUUUGACUUUUAAAACUGCAAUCUUAAACACAUUAAAUCUAUGUAGCUAUUUUUCGGUUCUUCGUAAAAGCUACCGAGCCCCAGAUUGAAACGUUAAACGCAAUUCCCAGCAUAUACCAGAAGAAGGGGUGGACAAUAAUGAACUAGAAUUCUGCACAGCGAAUUAGUGAUUUUGUGCUCCGUUCUGGUGUAGUACAGUGGCAAAGUCAACAAAAGAAAAAACAGAAAAAAAAACAAAAACAAAUGAGAUUUCCCAAUAGGUAAACACGUAAAGAGAAGACAAAAUACCAAUCUAUAUCUUUUUAACCACUUAAAACACAUAAACUCGGACAAUACACGUGUAUUUAUCCUGAAACCGGGAAUUAAUGACAUUAGGUCCACUAGUACUAAACACAACAUAACUACUGGCACACACACAAACAAACACACUAAAAUAGGAUGUAAGUAGCAAAGGAAAUGAUAGAUUCCUUGAAUGAUACAUUUUGUAACCGUGCGGUAAGGUAAUCAGCAGUGUGAAAAGAGGAAUGCAGUGAAAGUAGAAAUGCUAGCAGAUAAGAUGAGUGAAGCAACAUAACAUUCAAAAAUGUAAAACACUUCCUACCUAGUUGGUUGUUGUUAGUUGUUGAAAUGAAACACUUGGUCAUAUGUGAUCCCAUUGGUUUUGUUUUCAUUUGUCGAUGAAAGGCCAUUUUGUGAUGCAGUUCGAUGCGGCGGGAAUGUAGAACGGUAGAACUAAUGAAAUAGUAGCGGAUUAGCCAACUGUAGACUACAAUGAUAUGCGUAUGCGUAACAGAAGCGGCACACGACGGCAAAUCUAUUAUGAAAAUAAACUUUAGGGACAAACCGUAUCGUAUCUAACAAAAGAAAGCAAAACUUUAAACAGAUUAAACUUUUUCACAACCAGAACACACGUUCACUAGUAGUAAUAGCUGCGAUAGUAAUAGCAGCAGCAGCAGUAGUAGUAGUAGGAAAAUACUAGCAACGGUAGAAUGUGAAACAAGAAAAUGUUGUCCGAUUAAUAUAAUAACAAGAGAGGGACAAAUGAACCGCUCGUAGGGACUUUUUUUUAGCUGAAUUGAAUUGUUAAGCGGAAUACAAAACGGGACAAAACUUUAGUACACUAGCUUCCGGUAUAGAACGUUCUGAUCUUAACAGCUAAGCACAGUCAGAUAGGUCAGAAAAGGAAACAAAAACCCUCAUGCUGCAAUGUUAAGUGUUAGCUGUGCUUUCGUGAAUUAACAUUUUUCUGCAUUAAAUAUUUUGCCGGUUGAAGAACAGAUAAACAGUUCGGUUAGGUGUGAUGGCUAUUGAAUGAAUUGAGUCCCAGGCUACAAAGGAAAAAACAACCACACGUUCGUCCUGUUAGUUCAUUAGUUCUUUUUUGCAGUCAUAAUGUCCUUAAGGAAGCGUACACACAGGUGCCCGCCCGGGUUGUGCGGAUGGGAGCACAUUUUCUACGCUACUAUUUAUCUACGCUUUUCUACUAUGGUUGCCUUAUAAAAAGAGAUUAAUAAGUAUCUGUAUGUGUGUGUGCGGGCGCGCGCCCAAGUGUACGAGGAGUAUGUGUGUGUUUGAGUAAAAGAAGUAAAAAAGCAAAACCAAGGUGUGUACUACCGUUUGGUGUACUAGAGCGAUCAUGCAAUAAUCUAGUAAAAAUCCACACACUUUGGUUCCAUCAUUCCCCCUGUACGAUUUCCGAUGCAAGGCCAAAAUGCAUCCUAGAGCACGUUGUUACCAUUCGUGGUUGAGAUUAGGAGAAUUUCUCCUGUGACCCGUUCAAAAAACGUUCCGCAAAACUUUACGGUAGCCGAACCGUGGAUAAAAUACGAUAGUACUGCACUAUUUACACGGAAGUAUUUAAAUAAUAAAUACGAGAUAAACAAGUAAGAUAACAUACACAACACACACACACACAAUACAAGAGCUUUAUCGUAGUUGUUUCGUCGCGAGUAAUAUAGCGUAAGUCGAACGUUUUUGGGGGAAUUGAACCGGGGGUAGGAAUAUGCCCCCCUCCCCCCCGGGGAUGGAUGCCUGCGAGGAAUGCAAAUGGUCAGAAGUCAGAAAAAAAGAUUUUGCAUAAGUUUUAACUGUGAAGAUAAAGGUACAUUUGAAGCGGGAUUAUGUUAGGUGACAAGGUAUGUCACCGUCAUUAGGUAUGCUGUAAUAAAUAAGAUGUAUAACUUAAGAAAGGAACGUCCAAUAAAACUACAAAACCAUA